GUCGGCGGCGGCGUCGCUCGGUGAUGACGUUGUGGAGGCGCCUGCUGGAGCGGAAUCCCGUCACUCGCUGUCGCCCGUGGAUGAGAGAGGAGCCCGGUCUACUCCCGGCCCUCCUGCCUCAGGUACCCUUGACAGAUGGCCUCAGCAGAUAGUCCUGAACGGGACCCUCUGUCUCCUGAAGAAAUCUUACCUGAGCUGACAGAUGAAGAGGAAGAUGAUGACAGGGAUCGGUCUUCAGACCAUGAGCUGGAUAGAGAGGACGAGGGGGGCUUUAACGAUCUGUUAGAAGAUAAGAGUCCGCCCGGAGACUCGGCUGAACCCCUCCUGAGCUCAGGAGAACACUCCCCCCAAGUCUCAAACAAUAAGCAUUCCCCAAAAUCUUUACCGGAGGAUCAAGUCGUGUCUGGGUCCAACUUUGUACCCCUCCAAGAUUCCCCUGAUUCUCCUCCAGUGGAGAAAGGUAACUUGGACAUUGUUGAAAGGAACCAAGAUGAUUGUGAGGAGCACGAGGGACGUUCUGAAAGGUCGCCUCAUCCCUCUGAUGACGAGGAUCACUUGAGUGAGAUCCGAUCUCCGGGCUCUGAGAGCGAACCCAACCAAGACAUUCGGCGUUCUCCCAACGUGGAUGACGAUGACCACAAACGAGCCAACGACCUUCACGACGAAGCUUCUUCUGUGACACGAGAACUGGAUGAGCAUGAACUGGACUACGACGAGGAGGUCCCUGAAGAACCCAUGGGACCCAACCAGGAAGAUGACCAAGAGAAACUCAUGGGCGAUGAUGAAGACGAGAAAGACAAGGAAGGCUCCCCACUCAAUGAGAAGACCGAGAGUCAGAAGGAUGAGGAGCCGAAGGACAAGAAGAAGGAGGACGAUGACGGAGAGAUCGACGAAGGGAGAUAGAUGUGAGAUGACGACCUCGAGGAGGGGGAAGUGAAGGACCCAAACGACCGGAAAACCCGACCCCGGCUAACCUGCCGCUUCUUCAUGAAAGGGAACUGCACCUGGGGAAUGAGCUGCCGCUUCAUACAUCCUGGAAUGAACGAUAAGGGGAACUAUUCACUCAUAACCAAACCCGACCCGUUUUCCCCAAAUGGGACCCCUGCAGGAGUGGCCCCUCUGGCUCAGAACAUCUGGGGGGCUCCAGCCGCGGAAGAGCUACUGCUCCCCCCAGUCCAGGACCCCCCUACAGAGAGCGCCUGGGAAAGAGGCCUCCGGCAUGCUAAAGAGGUGCUGAAAAAAGCCACCAUAAGAAAAGAGCAGGAGCCGGACUUUGAAGAGAAGCGUCUGACGGUCACCAUUGGAGAGGACGAGAGGGACUUUGAUAAGGAGAAUGACUAUUUACACGACUGGAAUUAUCGGAUCACCAGAGAAGUUCGUGAAACGGGAGAAGUGGAAUUUCGAGAAACCGUCACCCACGGGCCCGAUCCAUUUGCUGAUCCUUACCAUGACCUUGAAAUGGAGAGAUACUGGCGCGGAGGGCAGUAUGAAAACUUCCGUGUACAGUACACAGAGACGGAGCCAUACCGCUAUAGAGACAGAGAACGGGAGCGUGACCGCGAUAGGGACAGAGACAGACAGCGAGACAAAGAAAGGGACCGUGAGAGGGACAGAGACAGAGAGCGUCGUCAACGAGAAAGAGAGCGCGACAGAGAGCGGGAGCGAGAGAAGGACCGACAGAAACGGAAGGAUGAAUGGGAGAGAGAUCGAAGCAAAAGGGACGAAAAAGAGCGGCAGAAAGAAAAAGACAAGGAGAAGGAGAAAACCAGAGCAAAGUCUCCGCUUCUACCGAGUCGCCCUAAUGAUGCCCUGAAGAAAGAUUCUCCGGCUGUAUCUUUACCCGCUGUUAACCCCUCGGCGUCCGCUGUCGCCCCGACUUUAUCUGGACCACCAGCAGUUAAAAGAGCUGAUGAAUGGAAGGACCCCUGGCGUCGAUCCAAGUCCCCAAAAAAGAAGCUUGGAAACUCUGGCUCUCCCAGCCGUGGACGCAGACGCCGCCGCACCUCGGCCUCCUCCGAUUCUGGAUCCAACUCAUCCAGAUCCUCUUCACGUUCCUCUUCAUACUCCGGUUCUGGAUCCUCACAUUCUAGAUCCUCGUCCUAUAGUUCUUACUCCAGCCGCUCGUCUCGGCAUAGUUCGUUUUCUGGCAGCCAUUCCAGGUCAAGAUCUUUCUCCUCGUCACAGUCUCCUUCUCCGACACGCUCGUCGCAAAAAGCUGCCACUAAGAGCAAAGGAGAACCUGCCCCGGCUACCGCUAAAGGAGAGAAAUUAAAUGUGAAGAAGGUUCCAGCCCCCCCGCCGGCUGCCCCCGCAGCAGCAGCAGCCGCCGCCCCAACGGUAAAACCUCCAAAAGUCGGGCCAGAGGUGGUUAAAACUGGCGACAAAAAAAUCAGCCAAGCGAAGGAGACCAAGAGGAAAGCACCGCCAAGAAGGAGAACCCUCAGCGGCAGCAUCAGCGGCAGCAGCUACAGCGGAUCAAGUUCCCGCUCUGGAUCUCGUUCGCUGUCCAGAUCCUCACGCUCCUCGUCUGCGUCUCUGUCACCAUCCCCUUCCGCAUCUCGAAAAUCCAGGAAAUCCAGGUCCCUAAGCGUCAGCAGUGUGUCGUCCGUCUCCAGCGUCUCCUCCUCCAGUAGUUCUGUGCGCAGCGCAGACUCGGAGGACAUGUACGCCGAUCUCGCCAGCCCCAUCUCCUCCGCCAGCUCCCGAUCUCCAACUCCUUCACAGAUGAAAAAAGACAAAGCCUCUGAAAAAUCAAAAAAGGAUGACCAGCGACCUAAAGAGGACAAACGACCCCGAGAUCCCUCCACGGCGCCACCACCACCCAAACCUGCUCCAAAACCUGCUCCAGCCAAACUGGCAAAACCCAUCAGUAGCAGCAAACCGGCGCCUCUGCCCCCAGCACCACCCCAGGCCCCAAGCGGCUUCAGCGCGCACAAGGAAAUCAAGCUAACGCUCCUUAGCAAGAGCACUGAUAAGGGAAGCAGGAAACGGUACGAGCCUUCGGAUAAGGACAGGCCGGGCUCUCCCCCUGCCAAAAAAUCCAACGUCUCCCCUGAGCGAGCAGUGCGGGACCGCAAGCCACCUGGAAAACCGCCAUCACCAAAAGUGGAUCGCCAGCGGCUGCCCAACCCUAAGCCUUCCCCUAUUCAGCCAGACAGGAAACGUCCGGCUUCUCCUCCGACGAAGAGUUCGAGCAAAGUCACCAGCAUCCCAGGGAAAGCCCCGGAGGCGGCCCCCGCCGCCAAGACCGGCAAGGCGAGCACCCUGUCCCGCAGGGAGGAGCUUCUCAAACAGCUCAAAGCCGUGGAAGACGCCAUUGCUCGCAAAAGAGCCAAAAUACCUGGGAAGGUAUAGCAACGGGGUCCUGGGCCCCCAAGGAGCUUCUACAGAGACAGAUACAAGCGGAGCCAGUGAGGAAGUCUGGCCACAGGUAAAACGAGGAAUUCUGCUGUAGAGAAGAUGAUACGUGGAGGAGGGGCUGACCGGAAACCGCCGUGCGAGCACAGAUCCGAUGCCGCCCUGUCAGAGGAUUCGCUAUGGCUUGUUUUUAUUUUUCUGGGUGAUUUCUUUAGUUGUUUUUGGUGAUAAGCCCCAAUCCCAAAACUGCUGCAAGUCUCCUCAGACUCUGAUCCCCUCUAGGAGGACGCGGUCUCCAUCGUCUUAUCUCCCCCUUUAUUUGAUGACAAUGUAACGUUUUAUUUGUAUGAAUUUGCCCGUUUUAGUCGGUAAAGACCGGGGGGAAGGGCAGCGAGUGGGGCGUCAUAAAGGCGGAUUCUUUGCUUGGGAUUGUCUACCUGUUCAUAUUUUGGGGCGGGAGAAGAGGGACCCUGAAAUAAAGUAUUUUGAUAAAACAU